GAACAUAGAAGUGAGGUAGUGAGAGGAAGGGCUAAUAACUGUGAUGUAAAGCAAAGUGUGUGUGUUGUAUAUUUGUUUGCACAGUAUUUAUAGAUUCAGAUGGAGUUUGGAUUGGACAUAAAAGGACAUUAUGGCUCAAAGGAAUUGCAUCCUGAGAAAUGUGCCAGGUCAAAACACUGAAGACUGUAUUCCUGAAUACCAAGGAAGUGAAUCCCAUUAUCAGUUGGACUUGGACUGUAUCCAAAACAGCAUCACCAUUAAGCGACUAAGCCUGAGGAGGAGGCCCAGAGUGGCUCUCCAUGAAAUGGAAAAAACACAGCCUGGUGUUUCAAGUGGCCGGGGGCAUUCUGCUGAGUCACCUGGUGACGAUGAUAUGAGAUUGCUGGGCAUGUCUUCUACAGCUAAAGGUAGACCUCCACUACCUCCACCGCAUAGUUCCUUAUUGGAUGACAGACGUUCCAAAGUUGAAGGUUCGGGCAACUUUCAACGACCCAAAGAAUCAAAACCUCAACAGGCUGAGAGAAAUGUAACUCCACAACAACGGUCCCCUGGGAUAGAACAGACAGCCUUGGAGACCCAUAAACACAUAAGCCAGUCUCCACCUCAGCCCCUUCCCCGUCGUCGACUUGCCAGCUUUGGAGGCAUAAGCCCUGCUGGGUCUCACUCACCCUUCACUGGCCUGGGUGCCUAUAAUCAGAACAAGCCUGCUGAUGAUGUUAAUUCUCACCUUACCCCAUCCCUGGGAAGCAGAGGUAGCACAGGGUGCCUGAAGUCAAGCCCACAGAGCUCUGGCAGAAGUACUCCAGUUACAAGCUUUGGGUCUAUGCACCUACAACAUGUCCGUGACCAGAUGGUGGUAGCUCUAAAAAAGCUGAAGGAGUUGGAGGAGCAAGUGAAAAUUAUUCCCAUACUUCAGGUCAAAAUCUCAGUCCUUCGGGAAGAAAAGAGGCAGUUGGUAUCUCAGCUAGUUGACAACAAAAGUAUAAAUGACAUGACCUGCAAAGGGUUUGACUUCGAGAAUAAACAGCACACUGAGGCAGAACUCGAAGGCACCAGAGAAAGUAGUCACAGUGACUUCAGAGAAUUCAGACAACUCUCUGAAGAGAUGCAGGCAUUGGAAAGAACCAUCAAAAGCGGACAUUUGCUUGCAUGGCAAGAAAAAAGCUGUAGUCCAUUGCAAGAAAAGACUACUAAGUCUACUUGCUUUGAAACUGAUGUUGACGUGAAAAGGGCUUUAUCUAAAACCUCCAAAGAAAAUAAAUGUGUGCACACAGACCCGGUAGAGACCAGAUCAGUUGCAACAGAAGUGACUGAGGUUAGUCUUGGAAUUCACACAAAACAAGAAGCAGAACUUGAAGCCCAACAACUACUUAAUGCUGCCUUGAAGGAGAGGAUCACCCAAUUAGAAACAGAAUUAAAAGAAUCAGCUCUUCAGAUGCAGCUGACCCACCUGAAAUUGGAACUUCAAGCUGCAGGAGCCAGGAACCGAGUGGACAAGGCCUGCUUUGCUAAGCCCCAUGCUGUAAGUGUGGGAACAACAACAACACCGUCCACUAAAAGUCUGGGAGUUGGCAAUCACAAAGAGUUUCAAGACGCCAGCACAGGAGAUACAACAGAAGCUAAAACUGUGGGCGUAUCUUGCAGGCUGGAAAUGAAGGAUGCAUGUACAGGCCUAGAUGUGCCCAUGAGCCACUGGGAGGUCAGGGAGCAAAAAGAGACCAGUGAUAAGGCUGUUGGAAUGCAGGUUUCCACAAGCACAGUCGGAGUUGGGACAGAGAUAAAGCUUUCUGAUGCCGAAACCAAUACAGAGUUGCAAGUAGAAGAUCUAAUGUUUACGAAAGAAAAAGUGAAGUGUCAUUCUGUGGCUUGUGGGGGAUAUUCAGUUGACUUCACAGUUUGCAACGCAAAGGAAAUGAUUUCACAAGGUAUCACCACAGAUUCAGUUAGAGGAGUUGAUCUGGGAAUAAUGGUAUCGCCCCAAAUGGCUUCACAGCGUACUAACACAGUAUCCAGUUCAGUGUCUCGCUUCACCAACACCAGUCACACCUUCAGCAAUGACUCCAGCACUAACACACUCCUCAGAAAGCACGACAAGCAUACUAACACCACUCACACCUUCACUCGGACCGUAUCGGUUGGCAGUGGGGUUGGAGGGAUUAUUUGCACAACAGAAACUCGUACAGUUGGUGUAAAUACUGCAAAUUCAGAGUGUUAUUCAAAACUACUACCAGACACGGUGAUCAAGGCAACCAGAGACUGUGGUGUUGGGUUAACAAACAUUUAUGAGAAUUUCCUUGUUGGACUGCAAACACGCAAUAUGGCUUCCGGACCAUCUCGUCUUCCUGAUCCCAUCAAGACUAGAAGUAUAGGUGUAGGUGAAGGCAGGGUACGGGAUUUUUCUAUUGCGCAUUGUGUACCUAAACCAAAGUUCCAGCAAUCUUCACAGUUCCAAUGGGAUCACGAGUUGAACCAUUAUAUCGAGAAGAUGCACAGGCUCUUAAAAGAGCAUGGAGACCUUCUCACAGGGGAGCGCAGUGACCAUUACACCAUCUCCAAACCAUUCAGCAGUGUCAAAAAUAUGACAGAAGAAGGGGCAGCUUUACAUCAGUUCACCUCUCAGCCAACAGGUAAGACAAGAUAAGUUGUCUGAUAAAGUAAAAUUUGCCGGUAUGUUUGUCUGCUUUGUACC